AGAAGGUGAAGGAACACAACAAACAGAUCAACGACAUCCAGACCUCUUGUUGAUCUGACCAUGGUCAUCACAGCCUCUAAAGACUGCUCCUCUAAGCUAUUUGACUCUACAACUCUAGAUCACAUCAAGUCCUUCAAGACCGAGAGACCCGUCAACUCUGCUGCCAUCUCCCCCAUCAUGGACCACGUGGUGAUGGGAGGAGGUCAAGAGGCCAUGGAGGUCACCACCACCUCCACCAGGAUCGGCAAGUUCGAGGCCAGGUUCUUCCACGCAGCUUACGAAGAGGAGUUUGGCAGGGUCAAGGGUCACUUCGGACCCAUCAACUGCGUGGCGUUCCACCCGGACGGCAAGAG